AUGGUCGACACAGAAAUGCCGUUUUGGCCCAUUAAUUUUGGAAUUAGCCCAGUGGAUCUGUCUGCCAUGGAAGAUCACUCUCAUUCCUUCGACAUAAAGCCCUUUACCACUGUUGAUUUUUCUAGUAUUUCUUCACCACACUAUGAAGAUAUUCCUCUUGCAAGAACUGACCAGACAGCCAUUGAUUACAAAUAUGAUAUCAAGCUCCAGGAAUGCCAAAGUGCAAUCAAAAUGGAGCCUCCUUCCCCACCUUAUUUUUCAGAAAAAGUUCAGUUGUACAAUAAACCUCCUGAAGAGACCUCCAAUUCUCUCAUGGCUAUAGAAUGCAGAGUAUGUGGGGACAAGGCUUCUGGAUUUCAUUAUGGCGUGCAUGCAUGCGAAGGUUGUAAGGGUUUCUUUCGAAGAACAAUCAGGUUAAAGCUAAUCUAUGACAGAUGUGAUCUGAAUUGUCGCAUUCAUAAGAAAAGCAGGAAUAAAUGUCAGUAUUGCAGAUUUCAGAAAUGCCUUGCAGUUGGCAUGUCACAUAAUGCUAUCAGGUUUGGGCGAAUGCCACAAGCUGAGAAGGAGAAGCUCCUGGCAGAGAUUUCCAGCGACAUCGACCAGUUAAACCCAGAGUCUGCUGAUCUUCGAGCCCUUGCCAAGAACUUGUAUGACUCAUACAUAAAGUCCUUCCCUCUGACCAAAGCCAAGGCGCGGGCGAUCUUGACAGGAAAAACGACAGACAAAUCACCAUUCGUUAUUUACGACAUGAACUCCUUAAUGAUGGGUGAAGAUCAGAUCAAUUGCAAACAUGUGACACCCCUGCAGGAGCAGAACAAAGAGGUGGCAAUUCGCAUCUUCCAGCGGUGUCAGUUUCGCUCAGUGGAGGCAGUGCAGGAGAUCACAGAAUUUGCCAAAAGCAUUCCAGGUUUUGUGAACCUUGACCUGAAUGACCAAGUAACUCUCCUGAAAUACGGUGUCCACGAGAUCAUAUAUACAUUGCUGGCCUCACUGAUGAAUAAAGAUGGAGUUCUCAUAUCCAAUGGACAAGGAUUCAUGACGCGGGAGUUUCUGAAGAGCCUGAGAAAACCUUUUUGUGACUUUAUGGAGCCCAAAUUUGAGUUUGCUGUGAAGUUCAAUGCACUGGAACUAGAUGAUAGUGACCUGGCAAUAUUUAUAGCUGUCAUUAUACUCAGUGGAGAUCGCCCCGGUUUGUUGAAUGUGAAGCCCAUUGAAGAUAUACAAGACAAUUUGCUGCAAGCUUUGGAGCUCCAACUAAAGCUGAAUCACCCAGAAUCAUCACAGCUGUUUGCAAAGUUGCUUCAGAAAAUGACGGACCUCAGACAGAUUGUAACAGAACAUGUGCAGCUGUUGCAAAUAAUAAAGAAAACGGAGACAGAUAUGAGUCUUCAUCCACUCCUACAAGAAAUCUACAAAGACUUGUAUUAA